AAUUGAAUUCGCUUGAGAAAUCUAAACGUUAAAUGGCUAUUACUUCGUGCAUCUCCGACAUUUAGUCGUAUUUGUUUAUUCGCUUUCCCUCUCCAACAUGGCGGCGACGUUGACGUAGGAUCGAGACCAAUGCGGAAGCUGCGGCUUUUCUAUUCUGAUGGGGGCGGGGCUCCGGUUGCUAGGUAACGUCCACCGCGUAAGAGGAAACAAACAGACAGACAAACAGAUGAGGGAGAACUCCUCCACGCGUCUCAAGAUAUGGGCUCCAGGAAGGCAGUAGUGAAGAUGAGUGGGACGGCUCCCUGCGGCGCGCUGAACCAGCCGGCCCUGAGCCUGAUGGCGAAGGAGCAGCAGUAUCUACGAAUGAAUGCAGAGUUGGAAGCCAAAACAGCUGCUGUAGUCAGACAGGCGGAGGAAGUGAUGAGGGAUCAAAAUUAUAUUUUGUCUAAACCAAUUCCCAAUAAUCUGGAUUGUGAUUUCGAGGAUGCCUCGAGAAGACCCAGGUCUGCUGUCGCUGCGGACCUGACCACUGAAGACCCCAGCCUGGAGACGACCAUCCUCCAUCUGGAGGAGAAGCUGGAGGGCUUCUGUCAGGAGGAGGUCGUGGAGGAAGCCCUUCCCACUGAAGACAGCAUAGGAUCAGAAGCUCAGAUCCGCGUUUUGAAGGCCAAACUACGAAUUAUGCAGGAGGAAUUGGAUCGGCUCUCACAUGAUUACAGCAAAAAGGACGAUGAGAACGGUAAGCUGUGCAGCAGAAUCAAAGAGCUGGAGGAGGAGCGCUCCCGCCUGCAGAAGACCGCCAACCUCCAGCAGACGCACAUGGAGAAGCACCGCGCUCUGGCUGAGGAGUCCGGCAGGAGGUGUGACGCUCUGCAGGCGCAGGUUGCGGGGUUACAGAAGGAGGUCGAGGGGUCGAAGAGGGCCCAGAAACAAGCAGCAGGACACCACAACACGGUGGAGGUCCGCCUGAACCGGGCGCUGGAGGAGGUGGAGAGACUGAAGGCCCAGCUGAACAACAUGAAACAGCUGAGUAAGGACAGAACUAAGGAGGUGCACCUGAGCAAAGAGAAUCUUCUGGCUGAGAACAAAGUGCUGAAGAAGCAGAGAGAAGAGCUCAUUCUGGCCUUCAAGAAGCAACUGAAGCUGAUCGACAUCCUGAAGAGACAGAAGAUGCACUUUGAAGCCGCCAAGAUGUUGUCCUUCACUGAAGAGGAGUUCAUGAAGGCCCUGGACUGGGGGAAGUCGUAGAGACCUUGUUUUAUCGGAUUCAGUCCAUGUGGCUCUCCUCGGUUCUUAUGGAUGAGACCAAUGUGUUGAAAAGGGACAAUACGGUGCCAUUUAAAAGUUGCAUUGAUCAUUGUCAUAAUGGAACUUUUUUUUUGUCUAAUUUAUGUUUUUAUUAAUCAUUAAAAUAUGUUCCAUCACAUGUA